AUGUCAGAUAAGACAGGUGAUAUCAAAGAAAAUCUUAAUUCUAAAAUUAAAAUGAAAGAAGAAAAUAAAAAUGUUAAAAGUGCUCAAAAAAAAGGAAAUGAUAAAUGUUAUCAAAAAAAUAAUACUUAUUUAGCGAUAAGACAUCAUAUGCAGUUGUUUUCAACAAAAUGUAGUAAGAUUAAUGAUAAUAAAAAAUCAUUUACAUCUACAAAUUCUACAUCUAAUUGUCAUCCAAUAGAAGAUAAUAACACUCAUUCAUUUUCUAAAAAUGUUUCAUCUUUUUCAAAUAUUGAAACAAUUGACUCAAAUAAUGUACUUCAUUUUAAUGAAGAUUUUAAUUUAACACAUUUAUCAUCUCAUAAUGAAAUAUUAAAUAAAAAUGAAAGUAACUCUUUAUCUCCUGAGAAUAUUCAAAAUAGUUUAUCAUCAAGUAAACCAUACUUUAUUAACAAUUUUAAUACUGUAAGUUCAUCUAAUUGUAAUAAAAAUGAGGACACAAAUGAUAAUGAAGAAUUUAAAUCUAAAAAUAAUUCUACUUUGUCACAAAAUUGGAAUAAUAUAGAUGAAUCAAAUUGUAUGAUUGGAAUGGAAAGCGCAAGUAAUAAAUUAUCUUCAUCAAUACCAAAUUAUAUUUCAAAAAUGUAUAAUAAAAAUAAAAAUGAAGAUUGUAUUAUAAAAAAUACUAGUCAAGAAUGUCAUAUAAGUUCUUGUUUAAGUGAUAGACUUAGUAAUUCUAGUGAAGAUGGUAUAACAUUUUCUGAAGAUGAAGAUGAUUCAUCAGAUAGUUAUGUUAGAUUAAUGUAUAAUAGAGAAUUAUCUGCAACUAGAAUUGGAAUGAUUUUAUCUUAUUUAGAUUCACCACAAUGUAUACCACCUAAUGUUGAAUUAAAUCCUAAUACUGGUAAGCCAUUACCACAAAGAAAAAUGCGUAAAAUUAAUCAUAUUAUAAAUGAUAAUAUAAAUCAAAAUAAAUGUCUUAAGAAGAAUAUUUCUUUAAGUGGUUCAUUUCAACAUUAUCAUUAUCCAAUGAAAUUAGGACCUAAUUCUCAAUAUAGUUUUUCAAAAAAUUGUAAAAUGAAUCUUGAUAAUCCAAAAACACCAGAAGAAGAAAAAGAAAUAUUUGAGAUAUUAAUUGUUGAUGGAAGAGGUGUUGCUAGAGAAAGAUUUAAUGUUAUUUAUGCUGAACUUCCAUUUAAAACAAUAUGUCUUGGACCAUCAGAAUCAUUUAAUCCAUUUCAAAAACAAGCUAUUGAAACUGAAAACGGAGAAAGAUAUUACAUUGAUUCAAUGGAUGAUUCAAUGUUUUCUAAUGAUGUAGAUAUUUCAAUUGAUAAAAAUCUUAAUGUUAAUAUUAAAAAAGCAUGUAAUUGUAUAUGUCGUUUUCGAUGCCCAAUAUAUGAUAGCAGAAUUGAAUCAGAAAACUAUUUUUAUUUCUUAGAAAGAAGUAAUGUUAGAAUUUUUAAUAAAGAACGUUUUGAUAAAAUACUUCCUGGAGUUUUAGAAGAUGCUAAAUUAAAUAAUUGGAAUGUUUCAAUGUUAAAAAAAUAUGCUACAGUUACAAUUUCUUUUGUUGAUUCUCGUGAACCUGAUUGUAAAGACAUCUCACGUAUUGGUGUAGUUAAAGAUUCUUUACCAUGUUGUCAUAAAGGAAGUUAUAUGGAAAUAACAAUAUUACCUAUUAUUAAUAUAAUAAAUGAAAAAUAUAAAAAUAUUAAUUCUCAGUCAGUAUAUUGUUAA